CUCCAACAGCUCGGCUGUGUGUCAGACGAGUCUGAGCGCACGCGCACGCUGCUCCCUCCGUCUCCUUGUCACACGCACACAUGCACGCGCAGUGACGCGCACUCCCCUGUUGUCGGACCCAGGAGGAGAGCAGCUUCCAACUUAUUGUCGCUUCGCUUCAACUUUGAGAUUUUUCCUCCAAUGCGCGGAUUUAAUUUGUGUCCCGGACUGAGGACGCUACGGACCAGACCGGAUAUGUAAAAGACCCAGGUGGUGCCACAGAACCAGAACCAGAAGAGGGACAAGGCAGAAGAAAUGGAUGAACGGAGUAAUUGUCUCGCUUUGACACCGUUCUUGUUUUUCUUGGGACUUUUUGGAUUUACUGACGGACAGUUCUUCCCAGGCGGCUGUACAUUUGAGGAGUCCUAUAGCAGCUGUGGAUACAGCGUGUCUCUAGGAACCAAUGGAUUCACCUGGGAACAAGUCAACUCCUGGGAAAAACCCACCAUGGACCCCGCCUUGCCAACUGGUUCCUUCAUGGUUGUGAACGCUUCAGGUCGAGCGUCGGGGCAGAAGGCUCACCUGUACAUGCCCACGCUGAAGGAGAACGACACUCACUGCGUCGACUUCCUGUACUCGCUGUCCAGCCGGGACGGAGCCAGCCCCGGCACGCUCAAUGUCUACGUCAAGGUGAACGGCGGCGCUCAAGGUAACCCCGUGUGGAACGCCUCAGAUACCGUGACCGAAGGCUGGGUGAAGGCCGAGCUGGCCAUUUCUACGUUCUGGCCCAACUCCUAUCAGAUCAUAUUUGAAGCCGUUUCGGUCCAAGGUCAUCCAGGCUUCAUCGCCGUCGAUGACAUCAGAGUUCUGGCUCACCCGUGCCGUAAAGCCCCUCACUUCCUGCGGCUGCAGAACGUGGAGGUAAACGUGGGUCAGAACGCCACGUUUCAGUGCACGGCUGGAGGAAAAUGGUCCCAGCACGACAAACUGUGGCUGCAGCAGUGGAACGGUAAAGACACGGCGCUGAUGGUGACCCGGGUGGUGAACCACCGUCGUUUCUCAGCGACGGUCAGCGUCGGCGACACGUCGCAGCGCAGCACCAGCCGCUACCGCUGCGUCAUCCGGUCAGACGGAGGAUCAGGAGUGUCCAACUACGCCGACCUCAUCGUCAAAGCCCCGCCUACUCCCAUCGCGCCGCCGGAACUUCUCGCCGUCGGCGCCACCUACCUUUGGAUCAAGCCCAACGCCAACAGCAUCAUCGGCGACGGACCGAUCAUCCUGAAGGAGGUGGAGUACCGCACCACUACAGGAAACUGGGCCGAGACCCACGUGGUUGAUGCCCCCACCUACAAGCUUUGGCAUCUGGACCCGGACGUGGAGUACGAGAUCAAGGUCCUGCUGUCCAGACCUGGAGAAGGGGGAACGGGACCGCCGGGACCACCGCUCAUCACCAGAACCAAAUGUGCAGAUCCGGUCCACGGGCCCCAGAACGUGAACGUGGUGGACGUCCGAGCCCGCCAGCUGACGGUUCAGUGGGAGACGUUUGGUUACGCCGUCACUCGCUGCCACAGCUACAAUCUGACGGUGCAGUACCAGUACGUGUUCAACCAGCAGGAGUUUGCAGCAGAAGAGCUGAUCCAAACGUCGUCCCACUACACUCUGAGGGGGCUGCGGCCCUUCGUCACCGUCCGGCUGCGACUCGUCCUGGCCAACCCGGAAGGCAGCAAGGAGAGCGAGGAGAUCGUCAAACAGACGGAGGAGGACGUGCCGGGUUCAGUUCCCGUGGAGUCUCUGCAGAACACGCCGUACGAGGAGAAGAUCUUCAUGCAGUGGAAAGCUCCCAACGAGACCAACGGGGCCAUCACGCUCUACGAGAUAACCUACAAGGCUCUGAGCUCCUUGGACCCCAGCGCUGAUCUGACCACCCAGAGGGGCCGAGUGUUCAAGCUGAAGAACGAAACCCAUCACCUGUUUGUCGGCCUCUACCCUGGAUCCACGUACUUCUUCACCCUGAAAGCCUCCACCAACAAGGGCUUUGGUCCGCCCGUCACCACCAGGAUCUCCACCAAGAUCGCAGGUAAGCUGGAAACUAAAAUCAACUGCAUCCGCCUGGCCCGCAAAGUGGUAAUAGGUAGGGGACAAAUAACAACGCCGUACAUUCUAGUCAUCCCAAGCGAAGGUGCGUCCACGCAAGACUCAGACGCCAUGGAGCCAGAGAAGCAGGUGGACAGCACGGUGAAAAUGGCCGGAGUGAUUGCGGGGAUUCUCAUGUUCAUCAUCAUCCUCCUCGGAGUCAUCCUCACCUUCAAACGCAGAGAGAUUCACACGUGGAGAACUCUGAGCGUGGGAAGACAUGCUUAUUCCUACUCUUAUUACCUGAAGUUGGCCAAAAAGCAGAAGGAAACCGCGAGCAGCUCCACUCAGCAGAGGGAGAUGGGUCCGGUCACCACAGCUGAUAAGAGCACCACCAAAGUGAGCACGCUGCACAAAGACGACCCUUUCUCCACCUCCAGCCAGGACCUGAAUGGCUUUAACAGCAGCCAGCCCUCGCUCGCCCAGCCCUCCCUCACCCUGCAGAGCUUUCCCUACGGAGGCUGUGAGUCGGUGGAGAUCUCCUACCAGAGCGGGCAGUUCCAGGCCGGACAGUUCCAGCCCGCCAUCCGAGUCGCCGACCUGCUGCAGCACAUCACGCAGAUGAAAUGUGGGCAGGGAUACGGAUUCAAGGAGGAAUACGAGGCCCUGGCGGAGGGACAGGCGGCACCUUGGGAGACAGCCAAGAAGGACGAGAACCGCAACAAGAAUCGCUAUGGCAACAUCAUCGCAUACCCCACAGACGAUCACACCAGGGUCCGCCUGCAGCUGCUGGAUGGAGACCCCCACUCCGACUACAUCAACGCCAAUUAUAUUGACGGUUACCACAGACCCAGACAUUACAUCGCCACACAAGGACCCAUGCAGGAGACUGUGAGGGACUUCUGGAGGAUGGUCUGGCAGGAGAACUCAGCCUCCAUCGUCAUGGUUACAAACCUGGUGGAAGUGGGACGAGUGAAGUGUGUCCGUUACUGGCCCGAUGAGACGGAGGUGUACGGAGACAUCAAGGUGACCCUGAUAGAAACUGAACCUCUGGCUGAGUACGUCAUCCGGACGUUCAGCGUCCAAAAGAAGGGUCAUCAUGAAAUACGAGAGCUCCGUCAGUUCCACUUCACCAGCUGGCCCGACCACGGCGUUCCCUGCUACGCCACGGGCCUGCUGGGCUUCAUACGGCAGGUCAAGUUCCUGAACCCGCCUGACGCUGGACCCGUGGCGGUCCACUGCAGCGCCGGAGCAGGAAGGACGGGCUGCUUCAUCGCCGUGGACAUCAUGCUCGACAUGGCUGAGAACGAAGGCGUGGUGGACAUUUUCAACUGCAUCCGCGAGCUGAGGUCGCAGCGAGUCAACAUGGUGCAGACGGAGGAGCAGUACGUGUUUGUUCACGACGCCAUCUUGGAAGCGUGUCUAUGUGGGAACACAGCCAUCCCAGUGUGCGAGUUCAGAGCCGUGUACUACAACAUCAGCAGACUGGACCCUCAGACCAACUCCAGCCAGAUCAAAGACGAGUUCCAGACUCUGAACAUCGUGACACCAAGAGUGCGUCCGGAGGACUGCAGUGUGGGUUUGCUCCCUCGAAACCACGAUAAGAACCGAAGCAUGGACGUUCUGUCAGCUGACCGGUGCCUCCCCUUCCUCAUCUCUGUGGACGGAGAGAGCUCCAACUACAUCAACGCAGCCUUAAUGGAUAGCCACAAACAGCCAGCAGCCUUCAUAGUUACCCAGCAUCCUUUGCCAAACACCAUGGGGGACUUCUGGAGGUUGGUGUUUGACUACAACUGCUCCUCCAUCGUGAUGCUCAACGAGAUGGAUGCAGCACAGCUGUGCAUGCAGUACUGGCCGGAGAAGAACUCGUGCUGUUACGGUCCGAUUCAAGUGGAGUUCAUCUCAGCAGACAUCGAUGAAGACAUCAUCAAUCGAAUCUUCAGGAUCUGCAACAUGGCCAGGCCGCAGGACGGUUACCGUUUGGUGCAGCACUUCCAGUUCAUCGGCUGGCCGGCCUACAGGGACACGCCCCUUUCAAAGCGCUCCAUCCUGCAGCUGGUCAGGAGGUUAGCCAAGUGGCAGGAGCAGUACGAUGGAGGGGAUGGCAGGACGGUGGUGCACUGCCUAACUGGAGGGGGUCGAUCUGGAACGUUCUGUGCCAUCUGCAGCAUCAACGAGAUGAUCCAGCAGCAGAACAUCGUGGAUGUUUUCCACACCGUCAAGACUCUGAGGAACAACAAGACCAACAUGGUGGAGACGAUGGAACAGUACAAGUUCUGCUACGAAGUGGCUCUGGAGGCGCUCAACUCCUUCUGAGGAGACCGACCUCUCAACGCAACACCGAGACACACAAAGUGCACAACUGUGAGCUGCAGGUGUGUGUGUGCCUGCGACAACACACACACCGGUGGGUUUAGUUUGCUCAGUAAGAUGACAGACUUUACACGCUUGUACAAAGAAAAUUGUGUUUAAAAAAAAGAGGCCCCUUUUUUCUUUUUGUUUCGGCCGGGCUGUGAUGUGACGGUUGUACAGUUCUUCUUUUAGAGAUGUUCUACACCUUGAAUGUUGUCUCCUGCUGGAGGUCGGAAGCACACUGGGAGGUUUCAACAACUCUAAACGUCAUUUUUAACCAAAUGACUGUGCCACUAAAAACAAAAGCAUCGCUGCUGUUAAACUGUAGAAGAUCAUCACCGUAGCGUGAAACGUCUCCUGAGAGCCGGUGAUGAAUCUCAGGAGCAACCGGCUGCAGGUGGCCUUCAUAAAACGAAGCAUCAGAUCUAGAGGUGAACAGAAUCCACAGGAAGGAAGAAUUGUAACAACUUGGUUGAACCUAAAGUUAAAAACCUGCAGUUGUUUCUAUUUUUGUGUAUUUAGAUUGAACAAAAGGACAAAUAUGAGCU